AAUAUUUCCUCCAUUAUUGACACUAAGGAACCAAACGGCGAAUUAACAAUGUCUUCAGCAGUUUGGCUUGUUAUUUUCAAAAUAUUAUUUGUUAUUAAAUUAACAACUUCUAAUCCUUAUGAUACUGGAAUCCGUCAUCGUAAAUGUUAUUGCGAUUUCCUUGAAAACCUGUGUCCUUUAAAACAACAUAUUAGUUUAAGAUUAUCGAACGAUCCGUUCUUUACGACUGAAUGUGCAACCAAUCAAGUAAUAUACUGUGAUAUACCAGAUGGAUUGAUGAGCGAAACAUGCGGGAAAAGAAAGCUAACAGUAAUGAGACGUAAGAAGAACGGUGAAGCUAAAACUGGUCAAUAUCCAUGGCAAGCAGUUAUUUUGAGGCGUAAAGAUGAUGGUAACUUUGAGUAUAUUGGAUCUGGUGUACUGAUUAACAAGAAACAUGUCCUUACUACUGCGCAUAAAGUUGAUUCUGCCGUACUCUCCAAUUUAAAAAUUCGUCUUGGAGAAUGGGAUUUGUCAUCAAACGAAGAAGUAUGCGAACAACAAGACUAUCGGGCAUCAAGAAUAAUCAAGCAUCCAAAAUUUAACUCUGACACACUUGAAAGCAACAUUGCGUUAAUCAUAUUGGAUCAUGAAGUUCCUUUGGCAACGACUGCGCAUAUCAGUACCGCCUGUUUAUCCUCAGGAGUUCCAGUGACUGGAACAAGAUGUUGGGUCGCUGGUUGGGGUCGUAAUCCUGCAGAAUUCGCAACAGGAAGUUCGAAUUUAUUGAAAGAUUUGAAUGUACCUAUUGUUGAUCGAUUUGAUUGUCAGAUACAAGUUCAAAGAACCCUUGGCGACAGUUAUGAUUUACCCGAAAAUGUUUUUUGUGCUGGUGAAGGAAAAUUAGAGUCUUGCAUGAUUGAGGGUGGUGCUCCACUGGUUUGUGAAUCGACAACUGGACAAUGGGAAGUCGUGGGUCUAGUUUCAGCGGCUAUCAGUUGUCAUCAAAACGUUCCGAGUAUUUACACUGAUGUCCAUAAAUUUGUUUCAUGGAUUCAUCAACAAGUUUUUGAUAAUUAUUAAGAGGCAAUGCUUUAAUAAUGUGUUUUCCGAUGAAAAUUAUUUUAAUUGAAAAUAAAAAUUAUUCACAAUAACAAA